ACGUCUCGCGACAGCAGCGUUUCAAAAUGUCGUCCACGUAUUCUUUGAACGACUAGGAGGUUGGUGUCCAGUGUUUGUUGACGUUUUUUGUCUUGAAUUGUGAACACCAUAUUUCGUACUUACUUUGAAUACAAACUCCCGUCUUAUUUGGCUCCUCUGUUUCCAGAUUUCUUAUGAAAGAGGAAUCGCAAAUCCAAAUUCCAAAGCAGCGGGUAAAGUUGAUGGACCCUACAUGCAGGGUGAAAAUGGUGUCUGCAGAACCUGAAAUGCUUAAAGGACACCUGAAGUUCUGAACAUUGUGGCUCCUGAAUGAAUGUGGAGCACUUAUGAACUGCGCUUGAAGCUGCCAGGCUCUCCUGUCUUCUACUGAAGCUCUUGCCAACUUUAGCAGCCAUCACAUCAUUUUUGGCUGCUGGAUUUUCUUACCAUGUGCCUGGUGCCCUGGCUGGCAUCAAAAUGUCAGAAUUCUCAACAAGUGCAAAGAGAACGUUGCAGCCUACUGCUGUUAUGCAAGGAAGAAUAUUCAGGUGCACAUUCACUGGCUGCAGACAAAACUUCCAGGACCAGGAGGAACUGAAGAAUCAUGCAGAAAGCCACAUCCUCGUGCAGUCCUUGCCAGGUAAACUGUUUAACUGCUGUUCUCCUAACUGCAUGGCAGCAUUUUCCAGCAUGCAGCAGCUUAUGGACCACAUGCGACAACACUACAAACCCAACCGAUACUUUCUGUGCGAAAACUGCAGGCUGAGGUUUCGAACGCACAGAGCUCUCUUCAAACACCUCCACAUCUGCUCAAAAGUUAUUAAACAAAGAACACCUCAGAAGCUUGAGAAAGCAAAAACAGGCACACCACCCUGUGAACCACCAAAACUGGCAAAUAGCAUCCAGCAUCUGGAUAAAGACCCUGCCUCGGCCUCUAGCAUGGUCCAGUCUCCUGUCAGUCCAGCUUCCUUUCAAGCUGCAACCUCCUCGGCGAUCCUGCCAUGUAGCUUACCGAGCCUCACUACUGCUUUUGAUGCAGUGCCUCUGGUCAGCUCGGCCUCAAACUCUUUCCAGAUGCUUGGGCCCUCUCUGUUUGCACCCGCACCAAUGCGCUUUACAGGCCAGGCUCAGAACACGUCAAUUUCCCCAAACCUGCUGCCGUAUGUGCAGGCCUCUGCCUACUCUCUCCCCCAGACAGCUGCACAACAGCGUCUCCGACCGUACGUUCCAAACCAGGGAGGCCUUCCAAUAUCCAAUGCUGUAUGGAAGAAAAAUCAAGGGCAGUCUUUCAACAGCCGAAUAGUCUGGGAGCACACAAGAGGGCGCUAUAACUGCCUGCAGUGCCCGCACUCCACACCGUCUCGUGAGGAGAUGACUCAGCAUGUUGAAGAGCACCGAAAGAGCUCCAGCGGGCGCCUGUCAAGUGACAUGGAGUUUGGAGUCGGCCUUCGAUCAUUUCACUCAAAGCUGACACCGGAAAUGGAGAGCUCCCUGUUUUCUCAGCUAUGACAGCUUCUCAGCAGGGGAACUGUGCUUUACAGUUAAUAAUGGACAAACGUGCUCUAAAAUUUAACUCCAGUGUCUAUUGGGAUUAGAGGUUGGGCUUCUGGAUUCUUCUUUUCAAUGGUAUACAUAAUUGGAAAUGGGCAGCGUUGGUUCGGCUUGAUUCCUUUCUGGUUUAACUGCAUGAUGGAAAGAAGAACUUCAGAAUUAGUUUGAAAUUGGAAGUUGUCUUCUGCAUAUCAGGUUAUACAGACAGAAAAGUCUGUAUAGCGGUUUAGUUUUCUUAAUUAACGAUUAUUCUGUAUUUUAAUUAUUUAUAAUUCAGAUUAACAGUUUGAACAGUUUUUCCAUGCGUGCCCAGGUCCCCAUAGCCUAUUACAGUAGAAGAGGAGCCAAGCAGAAUAAAGUGAACCUGCUAGGUCACUGGGCUCCUUUGAUGCCAUUCUGGAUCGAGUGAGGUGGGUAAUAAGUGAGACGCCUCAUGUGUUCUUCUACAUAAAGCCUUUCAGAUUUCCAAUGAUGGGCUUUCUUUCUGUAAAAAUGUCCUUACGUUAUGAAAUUGGAAAAAUACGUGGCUAGCACUUAGCUCUCGGUCAGUCAGGUUGUCUUCCGAGAGAAUUGUUAAAUUCCACACUUAAUGUUGCACUAGAGUUCUCUGUACACUACAGUUUGACAUUUUCAUUCAUUAUUUCUCACAUUGGAUUGUUCAUUUUAUGAAAUCGUUUAUGUUUUGCAGUCAAUGAAGAGCUAUUGUUUCAGUCUUGUUUAUUGAACUUUUGAAUUAUUCACUGUUGUCGUGUUUAAUAUGCUAAACAGAAGGAAUUCGAAUAUGAGAAAUUUACACAAAUGCAUGCGACUGAGGAGAUGUUUCGUAACAAUUGAGGGCCUUGUGUGUCUAUAGCUUUUGCUACUGUAGGGAAAGCCAAUGCAAAUUGAACAUGGAAUGGAUUCUAGGACAGGCUCCCCUCACUCCACCAGGCUUGUAUGGGAUUUAGUGGGGUUGAAGGUGAAAGAAGUAAUAAAAAAAAAUGUUUUUUAAAAAAGUCACAAGACCAAGCACAAACAUUUUAGGGUAAAAUUUCUACUUUUUUUAAUUGAAAGUGCAUUCACCGACAUACUUAACUUUUGUUCUUUAUAUGAUGUUGUUUGGUUUUCUUUUGAAUAAAUAAAUUGUUACAUAUCGUCUUGCAGCAAGAAUAAGCCCACUAGAAUUUACUAAACCAAAGGGUUUCAAUUUGAGUUGACUUCAACCAGCCGCCUCCCUGUUGAAGUGCCGGCCUGGAGUGCAGGGUAAGGCUUUGCUAACGUCCCGUCUGGAGCACUUCCUGAGAGCUGCUCUCAUUGUGCUGCCUCAACUUCCUUUGAAGUGCAGACAAAGAAACAUUUAAUGAGAAAGAAGGAGAGAGAGUUAGGAAAAUGGAGUUAGCUUCUGUUAGGUAAAUUACAAGAACUUCGUUUGUGUUGUGUAUAAAUGACAGCGGGACAAUGCCAGGACUGUAGAGAAUCGGAAGUGAUUGACGCUUCUUUUUUUUCUCUUUUUGGUCCCCUUUCUCUCUCUAGUUAAGAGUUUCCCUUUUAACUGCCCUGCUGUUUAGGGAAAAAAUUAAACAGAAAUUAUGCCCCCAAUUAAAUUAGAAGUUGUUGGAGUGAUUGAAGUGGGUGAUUGGUGAGAGUUUAGUGGAAAAUGAAAUUGUUUGAAUGUUUUUAAAAUAGCCUUUUUCACAUUCCUAUUAAGGCCAGCAUAAUUCAAGUCUAAAUGCUUAAAUAAAAAUUUAAAAAGCAUUUUAGGGCGCCAGCGAGGGUGUUGAUUGGGCCUGAGACCAAGGCAGAGUAUAAUUUAGUGCAGUUUCUUCACCUGUUUGUGGUCAAAUUCAGGGUGAAGAACCAACCAUAAAAAGCAGUGCAGAGAGUGGAACGUGAUGGCUAAAUGUCUGUUUGAAAAUAAAUAAUUUAUACAAGUGACAUCAGGAUAAUAAUUCUGCACCACUUCGUUCCAUUUAAAUGGAGAUCACAUUAUCCACUCGCAAUACUGCCUUUGAGGGAUGGAGGCAGCAAAUUCACAUCUCCGGAAUGCACAUUACAACUGUUUGCUGGAAGAUGCAUGUGAGCUAUUUAUUUAUUUUUAAUUUUUAUUUAGUGUUUAUUUACUAGUUACGCCAAUUGAAACAGAGCAGAAACUCAAGCAUGGCACACAGAGUGAGCAUCAUACAUAAUGUGACCGAUGUGGAAAGGAGACACGGCCACCACACACCUCUUAUGGUUUGGCUGACACCUUUGACCAAGAAAACUUAAAAUGAAGAUGAGGGUAAAGCUGGUUUUAAUUAAUUAGACUUUCUUAGAGCUUUAAGUUAUCUGUGUGACUGGACAGGAAAGGAAUGCGAAAUUUAGAAAAUAGAAAUUAUAGGAAAAGACAGCGAGAGAGGAAAAUGUGUGUAAGUACACUGGCAGCACAUCAGUAAAAAUAUAUAUAUAUGUGUGUGUGUGCGUGCGUAUGUAUGUACUGUGUGUGUGUGUGUACGUACAGUGGGGGAAGUAAGAUUCUGUCUGUUCCCAUUAAAAUGAAACUACCAUAAAAAUUAGAGACUAUUCAUUUCCCUCACUGUAUGGGUGUGUGUGUAUAUAUAUA